GAGAAGAAACUCAACCAAACCUUCCCAUCAUCAAACACCGCCGCCGCUAUCCCCUUUGAUUCAGGCAAGAGGACGGCUCUAGUCUCCCUAAAUCGAUUAGAAGUCAACGAUCUAGGUAAGAUCCUCGAGGGGAGGAGGAUCUUAGGAGGCGCUGGAGUAAAUCCGCCGGUGGGAGGAGAGGAGGAAGAACUCCGGCGGUGAACCCCCGCCGACGACGGUUCGACUUUAGAUUGACAGAUUAUGGAGAUGGACGGAUCUAGGCUGCUGGUGUGGGUUUUUCAAUUGCUUGUACUUCUCAGCUUUCGUAUUUGUAAACUUGAUCGAUGUUUAGGUGUAUAAACUUUUGUAAUAGUUUCGAUGAUUGUAUCGAAUUUUAAUAUCUUCAAAAACACGAUCUUGUAUUUUCCUUGUGCA